UUGAAAUGUGAAUCUCCGCGGAGCGAAAGGGUGGCGGGGUAGUGCCAUAUAUAUAGCAUAGAUUGGAGUCUUAGCGAUAGAGGGAGAACAGGCUUAGGAACCAACGGAGAUAAGAAAGUGGUUCGGACUCGGAAACGACCUGAUUCCUGGGCCAAAACUCAAAGGAUUGUACCAGAUACGGCAAGGCGCUAGGGAAUUAUCCUAUCUUUUCGCGGGCGUUCUGAUGCGGUGGUGUCGUGUCAAGAUUUGGGGGCUCCGGAUCGUCGGUACUGGGCAGUACAACACCAGGGACAGUUCAUGAGAAAUGACCUUUUGAAGGCUUUUGAAUGGCUCAGAAGACUUUUUAAUCUCCCCGAAUCUUCAUGGAUAGGCUGUUCCAUGGCCCCAUCGCUGAUAACAGGAUAUAAUAACUGGUGACUAUUACCAUGCUUCUCAAUGAUCAUAAGAGCCUGCAAAAGGUACAUAAGCACUUGCUUCUGCGUCCGUUCAUCAGGUUCUCUAAAUCUCUGUGGAAUGCUCAGCGCAGUACAAAAAGACCUCGAACUUCCCAAAUCCUGAGUAACUCAGCGACUAUCGAAAGCCAUACAGCCACCGGGCGUCUCUGCGCGACCACUAAAAGCGCUGGAAAGCGACAUUGGGUUCAGGGAUCUGAGCCUUGCGACCUUCUGUGCCGUCCGCUUGGACGUACAAAAACCAACACAUUUCUUAGCAGGUUUCCGUCGUCGAUUCUUGUUCUUCUUUCUGGAAGCAAUGGAUAUUAAGCUGUCAAUGUUAGCACGGCGAUAAUUGGUUCCCAUUGUGAAAUGUCGAUGUUGUAAGUGGAACUACUUGAGCGUUAAAACAAGCGCCGAGAUCGGCGGAGGUAGAAGCUGGAAUCUUCAACUCGAAUAUGAAUAAUUACUUAUUUUCCGCGGCACACUUCCAAUAGAUUCAAUGCAGCACGUUUUACUCUGCCCCUCGACUGAGGCUCGGUAGUCUUUCGAUCAGUUUUGAUUCUCUGAGUAUUAAGUUAACCUCGAAAAUCUUGAAUCUCUAGAGCAUUCCUCUGUAAUUCUCACUGCUGGAACAUUAUCCCGCUAAGCCUUAUGCAGUAAGAGGGGCACUGUAAAUGCUCGACUCUGACUGGAUGGCAGAAGGGUCUGAAUUUUUUUGCGCAAACAUUUUUCCUUCAAGAUGCCCCUCCAUGGUCACUCGGAGUUUUGUUUUCUUUGGUGGGGGGACAAUUGCUUGUGAUUAUUUGUUCUUCUUUCUCCUCAAACUUCCAGCUUCUGGCCAAAGUUGAAUCAACCCAUUUUCCUUAAGGUAUGUGACCUUUCUGGGAUGUCUUGGGCACUUCAUCACGUGCCAACGGUUCCUGUGACGGCAUCAUGCUUCUUCCCCCCCUCCCCCCAAAAAAUUCUGGUAGUACGGCUCAGAGCCAGAUUAGUGUGGGGAUCUUCUCGGUGUGUUUGUUCACCUGGGAUAGACUUCACAUGAGAAGAGAACAAAAGAGAAGAUACAAGAUUGAGAAGCAAUACAUGUGACUGACUAUGAGAUCUCAGAUAAUAACCUGCUUCCGCAGUCUGAGAACCUUUGCAAUGGCUACCUCAACUGUCCCCAAGACCUGCAAGGUCAUCACUGCUGAGACUAUCGCCAAGGGUUACCUCAGUGAGGUCAAGGACACACUGGCCAAGAUCCAAGGCGAGAACCCUUGCACUCCCACACUGGCUGCUUUCCUCGCCAACGGUGAUCCCGCUGCCGUAAAGUAUGCUGAGUGGUCCAAGAAGACUUGUGAAGAGAAGUGAGAUAUUCCUCUGCGUGGCUUGAAUAUCGCCCAGUCUAUCGGGUGAUGCUUGCCCCUCGACCUGGCGCUAAUGUAAAACAUAGCGGAUUCAACUUUGACCUCCGAACUGUGGACAAGGAGCUUCUCGAGGAGGAGAUCAUGAAGGCCAAUGACGACGACAAUGUCGACGGCAUGAUUGUCUACUACCCUAUCUUCCCCAACAACCCUUCUCACGACAAGUACAUCCAGGAGUCUGUUGACCUUGGAAAGGACGUUGAGGGUCUUCGACACAAGCACAUCCACAACAUGUACCACAACAUUCGCUUCAUUGACCCUCCUGAGAACCGCAAGAAGUCCAUCCUUCCAUGCACUCCUCUCGCUGUUGUCAAGAUCCUUGAGUACUUGCAGAUCUACAACCCCAUCCUGGCUUCCGGGAACCGACUUUUCGGAAAGACUAUCACUGUCAUCAACAGAUCCGAGGUCAACGGCCGACCUCUUGCUGCCCUCCUCGCCAACGAUGGCGCCACCGUUUACUCCGUCGACGUCACUGGUGUCCAGAUCUUCACCCGAGGAGAGGGCAUCAAGAAGGCCCGCCACCAGGUCGAGGACAAGGAGGGUUGGAAACUCGAGGACUGCCUUCCUCUCAGUGACGUUGUCAUUGGAGGAGUUCCCGUCGAGUCUUUCAAGGUACCCACCGAGCUCAUCCGCGACGGUGCUGUCUGCAUCAACUUCUCCUCGUACAGAAACUUUGAUGGUCCCGCCAUUAAGGAGAAGGCCUCCAUCUACGUGCCAUCCGUCGGCAAGGUUACCAUUGCUAUCCUCUUGAGAAACUUGGUUCGCCUCAUUGCCAACCGACCCUCCAAGGAUGAGUCGCAGAAGAGCGUCGAGGCCCGAGCUGAGGCUUUCGCUGACGACUAAAUGCUUUCAAACGCAAAAGAAAAGACGUUUUAAAAGAAGGUUACGAUUGCUUUGAACUAGACUAUGGAAAACGAAACACGACGGGGCUGGUCGUCCUGUAACAGGAAAUGCAUUUUUAUAGGAGUUGUCAUAGAUGGGAUAUAUCAAAAAGCUGGGAUGACGGCAUGAUUGGAAAGACAUGUUCAACAUAAACCCUUGCGUGAAUGUCAUGAGCGUGUGUGGCGUUGUGUCACGAAUGUAAAACAUUGAAACAUGGACAGCUGAUGGUUUUACAGUUCAUCAUAUGAUCUAUUUUUGGUAUUCCUGUGUCAUUAUCUGGGC